GUUACUGAAGCUUCUUUCCUCCCAGCAUGCCAGGGAGUGGCAGGGACAUUCAUGUUUUUUUCUUUUGGGCAGGGUUUGGACAGAUGAUUUAAAGUGGACACCAACAAGGAGCUAAGACACAUUUUAUCGACAUCAUCAUGAGAGUUGGAGCGGCAGCCUUGGCUGGGGGGACUUUGGGGGUUUUGGGGACCCUGUGUUUGAUCGUGGCCUUUGCUACGGACUACUGGCUGUUGGUGAAGGAGAACUGUUGGUACCACCCUGCCCAGACCACAAUGACACUGAGCAAAGACACCAACAGCACAGAGGUUCAAUCAGGAGAAGCAGCAACUGCAAAUGGGAUGUUCACGCUGCACCAUGAGGGAUUCUUCCGGUACUGUGUGCUGCGGGGGGACUCCGAGACGCAAGUCUUCCAGGCCUUUUACACUUAUCAGAAGCUGUGCACCCGUGGCUACCUCUUCCCUCUGCCAGUUGCACACGAAAACGUUCCUGAUCCAGCAUUUGAUGCUACUGCAGUGUUCCGGGGGUUCUGGACCGUUUUCAUCAUCCUUGGGCUGUUUGCAGCUCUGGUGGGAAGCUUCCUCCUGGUCUGCGGUGUUCCCUUCAUCAGCCACAAGCUCUACAAAGUGGGCGGAGCUUUCCUGAUCGCAGCUGGUUGCCUUUUCUUGUCCACGCUUCUGUUCUACGCCCUGUGGGUGGAGCUGGUGGAUGUGAGGAGCUAUAUUCUGCAGGAGAGGAGAGCGUGGUGUCCAGAUGCUUACGUGGACGUGUACUACGGCCAGUCGUUCAUGGUGGCGGCGGCCGGCGUGCCUCUGGAGAUCUCGUCUGGGCUGGUCUUCAUGCUGGUGGGGCGUGCGCUCCGUUCCAGACAGUGAGCCGCGUUAGAGCGAGGAACUGACAUUUCUACGUCCUGCACUGGGACUCACAGCACACCAACUGGACAGGAAGUGGUUUACAUGCACUCAUAAUGAACAUGAACUCCUCUGGUCCUACAACGAUUUAGAACAAUGUAGACGAUUGCAGGUUUCUAUUCUAAUUUAAAUAUGGAAACAUUAUAGAAUUUCUUCAUAUGAAUGAAAUAAAAGUGAUAACGUGAGCCUGUUUUCCCAGAGAGCAUGAUGGGAAACUGAAAA